AUGACAGGAAAGUUCGAAACAAAGGAAGAAAUUCUAAAGUGGAAAUACCAUGGAAAGAUAGGAGCGAAAUCUGAAAAUGAUUUUGUAAAAAAGUAUCCUGUUAAGGCUCCUGAGAAAGCUUUCUUAAACUGCCAGGUUGCAUACCGAUUGACGUCUGAUAAGGCCGAUAUGCUAUACGAUAAAAUGUGGAAAAUCUAUUCAGAGGCGAAAAAAAGCACAUCUUCAUCAACU